UAUCGAAUCAGUGUUUCAUUGUGUGCAAAGUGGUCAACAUCAUGGCACCUACACUGCACAUGCUUUAUGCAAGUCCUCCGGCAAGAGCUGUCAUGAUGACGGCCAAAGCCAUCGGACUUGAACUCAAUCUGAAAGAAGUUGAUUUCAUGAACGAGGAACAUUUAAAACCCGAAUAUGUGAAAAUGAACCCUCAACACACAAUUCCAACACUUGUAGACGACGAUGGCUUCAUAAUUUGGGACAGUCAUGCCAUCAUGAUCUACCUGGUCUCCAAAUACGCCAAAGACGACGCACUUUACCCCAAAGAUAUCAAAAAACGGGCAGUUAUUGACCAAAGACUCCACUUUGAAUCGGGCGUCGUAUUCGCACUUUUGAGAAGAAUUGCGAGACCAAUUGUUAUCGGAGGUCAGGAUUUUAUUGAAGAGAAAAAUCAAAAAGGUGUUAUUGAAAGUUACGCUUUCUUGGACCAGUUUCUGGACGGGAGAAAAUGGGUUGCUGGUGAUUUUAAAAGCAUUGCAGAUUAUAGUCUGCUUUCAUCGAUCAGUACACUAAACAAGGUGAUUCCUGUCGAUCCUGAAAAGUAUCCAAGAGUCAUCGCUUGGCUGAAAAAAUGCGAGGAACUACCGGAAUACGAGGCCAACCGCAGAGGAGUGCAAGAGAUGGCUGACAUGAUCAACAGCAAGUUGGCUAAAAAAUGACUGGUUCCGUUGUUACAUAAAUCAAUUGUGUCUUUAAUUAAAAAUGAUGAAUAAAACUGUGUUUGUUUAUUUA